AUGGAGACUCUUCCGCAGGAUAUAGUUGAUGACAUCAUCUCUUACUUAGUACCACAGCAGCACCCCACACCAAUACAACCUUACGACACGCGUGUGCGACCAAUUCGGCCACUGGCCCUGAUAGCCACAGUCUCGCGUCGGCUACAAGCCGCCGUGGAGAGAGCUACGUUCAGAUCUCUCAAAAUUACCAGCGACGAAUUUCCGAGGUUCACCGAGCUUCUCACUCCGGCGAGGCGGUAUCAUCUUACCAGCUUGAUCGUUACCAUCAUUCUUCCGGCUUACGACGAAGCUGCAAGUCACAGAGCUGAAUCGCCUGAAGAACGACUUGUCAAUGAUAAGAGCUAUAGCAAUGGAAUCAAAUCGCUAUUCGAAAUCCUUCGUGGGUGGGAAGACCAAGAUCCGGAGUCAAUAAGCUGUCGCCUUGCAUUACUCAUAAAUCACCCAGAAUCACCUUCUGACAGGCCAUGGCCGACCAAGUACGUCCCAUGGGGUGAAAUCUAUCCCGAGGAGGAGGGAAUUUAUGAGGGCCGGUACUUGCAUUCUUUCAUCGAGCUAAGAGAUUGCCAACUUCUCCCAAGCCUCGCCAGAGUCAAACAGCUCGUGAUGAUGCAUCAAGAGGGGAGGUACGGUCGCCGUAACACCUACCCCAAGGUGCCUAUUAUCCUUGCUUCCAAGAUGCCGAAUCUCGAACGCUUGAAGCUUUUCAUGGACGACGACGAGAAAAGGUUUGGCGACAUUCGAAUUCGUAACCGGAAUGAAGCGGCACAGGCUAUUCAAGAGCUGUCAUUACCAGCACUGAGGAAAGCCGAGUUCGAAUUCUUCCAAAGAAGAUACCGGAACGAAAGGGCAAGGCCACCAGCCUUGCAUGAGCCUGGCAUCCCAGACCCGCUGAGCUCGGCUCUCUGCGUAUUUUCAGAAAACCUUGUAGACCUGAGUGUCACCGGGGCCUUUGACCACUCCCUCCUCCGGCCAAUGCAGGGUUUGAACAAGACAACAUGGCCAAACCUCAGAUUUCUCGACAUCAACAUGCACGCUACUAGCCCUUCAGGAACUUGGUACUUCAUAAAGUCAGACGGUAGCCCUGACCACCGACCUUACAACCACCGGUCCAGCACAAACAACGCCCACUCGGAUCUGCACAACGAGGAGUUUAGCUUCGUAGAGGAGGCGGCGUACGCUCGUAUGACCCCGGCCGAGGUCUUCCGAUGCAAGCCCGACGACGGCCAGAUGGCACCCUUUAUCGACGCCUACGCCGACGCGCUGAGCGUGAUGCCCAAGCUCACCUCGGCGGCGUUGAACUUCCAGCUCGAGUACGAGGCCGAAGACGACGAGCCCAUCUGGAUGUGCGUCGCGUACUUUGCGCCCUGCCGCACGGCGCCAAAGCACCCGCCGAGGAUGCUGUGUCCGCACUGCAACCGAGGCGUCACGCGCCAGCUAGUCAAGUUGUACCUGGACUGGGAGCCGAGCGAGGCGCUGGCGGCCAAGCUGCGUGCGAUUGGGGACGAGUUCUACGAGGCGCCGAUGGUAGAAAAGAACAUGGCUGAGUUUAUGGAUCAGCAUGAGUUGGAUGAUAUUACCGACGCCUGA